AUGAACGGAUUUGUAUGUAAGGAUUUCAAUAUUUUUUGUUCAGAUUCUUAUUUAUGAAUGAAUUUAAAAAGUUUUCAGAUUGCAUAUUUUAUACUCUCACAAUUCCAAGUUUGAAAUAUCCAGAAGUAUUACCAUUUCGAUAUUUCGUUCUUUUUGGUAUAAUCGGUGCAAACUGUUUAGAAAUUCGUAGUUAUUUGGCAGCGAUUAUAUCAGUGGAAAGAGCUAUUGCAACUUAUUCACCGAUUAAUUUCUAUAAAUAUCGUGCUAAAUUCUCGAAUUUUGUAAUUAUUUUCAUUGUUAUCAGCUUGGGAAUAUUUUGCGACGUUGUGAUAUUUGGAUUUUGCGAUGCUUGGCCCAUAAAUCCAAAUUGUACAACUUUGAAUUGUGCCGCAACAAAAUGUUAUCAAAAUUAUUCUGCAGUUACAAAAGUUGUAAGUUUCAUCAGUUUUUCACAGCUUAAAACAACCCGUUAUUCAUUGUCAGAUUUAUUGCUCCAUAAAUUUUACAUUCUGUUUACUUCUAUCAGUGAAACUAUUUAUGAUGAAUUUGAAAAAUACCAAGAUAAUGUCUGAUAUCAAGAAAGCAAAUAUCAUAUCAUUGACAGAUGGUUUAUCCACACUGAUCUUUGAACUUGUUCCAUCGAUGCUUUUCAAUUAUGAAUUGAUCGAUAUAAAGGUAAAUAAGUUGCAUGAAAAUCAGGCAUCAAAGUUUAAUUUUCCAGACAAUCGGUCCAAUAACUGGUGCAUUACGAAGCAUUGGACGAUCAAUUGAAUCAGUGGUAAUGUAUUUUCUAAUGAGUUCACAAUCUUCGAGUGUUCAAAAUGUAUCUGUUGAGAGUAGGAAAUGAUUGAAACCUAAUUCAAAUGAACAAAUUGUGAAAAAAAACCAAAAUGAAAAACAAAGAGUUCACUCUCAAUGUUUCUUCAAAUUUUGUUGUUUUAUUGUUGUUAUUUAUGAAUAAAAUUACAUAGCCCUGCUAUUACUGUGAAACACUUCGAUACAACUUCUAAAAUUAGACUACCUGACUUCUAAUCGGAAGAAGAAUGUUUCCAGCAGAUGUUUUUAAUACCAAAAAUUGUAGGGCAAUCACCUGUCGUUCUUCAUUUCUAGAGCAUAAUAACGCAAUACUCUAUAUUUUUGUUAUUGUUAUUAUUGUAUAUUGUCAACAUUAAUUCUUGAGCUUUGGAAAAUAUACUUCCAACCUAUAAUUCAUUGUAAUCAAAGUCACUUCAUAUGAAUUUCAGCCUCGUAUAUUGUCUAAUAACUUGCGCGGGAGUUAUUUUUAGUUUUAUUCAAGCUAUUCUUAAUGCACUCAUUGUUCAUAAAUGUUUAUCAAAUAGAACAUUAAGAGUAAAAGUUGAAUUUCAAUUAUUGAUUGUUCGAGCUGUUUUCGAUUUUGUAAAUGGUUUUGUAUGUAAGUAAAUAUCAUUUUAUUUCUCAUUCCAAGUUUGUUUUUAAUAUUGUUUUCAGUUUUAUUUGUAUAUUCAUUGACUAUUCCAAGUCUCAUUUAUCAGCAAUAUUUACCGUUCAAGUAUAUUUUCUAUUUUUCUUUGAUUGCUACAAAUAGUCAAGAAUCACGUAGUUUUCUUGCUGCAAUCAUUUCAAUUGAAAGAACAUUAGCCACUUAUUUUCCCAUUAAAUUUUAUAAAUACCGAAAUUAUAUAAAAAAUAUUUAUUUGACUACUUUGGUCGUUGCACUUGGAUUACAAUGUGAUGUUGUUUUGUUUGGAUUUUGUGAUGCGUAUCCAGUUAGUCCAAACUGUACUACUAUUCAUUGUGCAUUGACUUUAUGUUAUCAAGAUUAUGCCACUUUCACAAAAUUUGUAAGUAUUUUCUUGCAAAAUAAUGUUCCAUAA